UUGCGAGAAAUGAGUCUGCUCGUACACGGAUGGCCUCAUCUCCUCCACUUUGGGCUUUGGGCGCCGCCCUCGGCACUGGCAGGCCUGCUAGGAUAAUGCACCUGCACACACUUGGAUAAGCUUUUCUUUGCUUGCUUGGUAGGCGAUGCAGGACAGCUCCACAUACAUGGUACAAACAUGCCAGAAAUGGCGUUCUUGCAAAGAUGGAUGGAUGGAUGGAUGUGACAAGAAGAACAGAAAGUCUUGCUGCUCAGGAAGUUGUUAACUGGGGUGUGGAGUUCAGACUUCAGAGGGCUCCCAUUCAGACAAAAGAUUCCUUAUAUCAUCCCUCCAUUCAGAGCAAUGCAGAUAGUUUAACCAGUUGCUCACAAUUUUAUAGUGCAAGAUGCGAAAUUGUACGAAGAUUAGGUGUUUGUCCACAUGCAGCUGUGCCCAAGUCAAUUUGCCAACAAUUAUAGUUUUGCCUAGCUUCUACUAGUUUAUAGCUGUCGGCUAAUGUUGAGAAAGAAUUCUUUUGAUUUUUCUCGUAACCAAAUCGCCGUGUUUGAUGCUGAGACAGAGAACAAGAAGGGAUUAGGAUGCCCCUUGAGUUGAGAUCACAUGGAAUUGUCCUCUCUUCUAGGACAUGGUUGCGUAUUAAAAUUUAAAAUAGGACAGAGAUAUCAAGCAUGAUAGGACCCCUCCCUCAUGCCAUAUUAUUAGCUACCUCUAAUUUCUUUCUACGCACUGGAUAAAAAAUUUCAGCUAAUAUGUCUCUCUCUCUUAUAUGGGGUUAACUAUAGCUACUCACUGGAUCAUGACUCUUUGUUUUCGGUUCGUGUGCCUCGCGAGCUUGAGGGCAUGUUUCGGUCUUUCAGAGAAGGUGUGGUUGCCAGGUAUAUACACUUGUUGAAUGUUAUUACUGUACCAGUAUAGAUGCGACACUUGAUUGCGGGUGGCAAUGUGGCCUUAUUUAUAAUAUGGUUCUGAAUGGUCAGUUGGAAAGGAAGAAACUGCUGGAGUGAUCUGAUUGAUUACCAGUCAUUAGUGUAAAUAUUGACAUCAAAAUCUAGCCGAGUUCUGUAAUUCCCCCCUCUUAAUUAUGGAUCAUGAAUGUCAGUAGUGUAACAACAUACAGAACUUCCAAAUCUAAAGAUUUUACGGGCAAUUGUGUUUGAACUUCAUCCAUCAUGUAGCAGUGUUGACAUCGGUUCAUCUCAGCAUCUGUCGUUAUACAGAAGGUCUUCUCUUUUUCCCAAGUGAAGAGCUUAAGAACAAGGAAAGAGAAAAAGUAGCGCCUGCACUUAGAUUUGAAAACAACUGCUGCCAGGAAAGGACAAGAACAUCAAGAGUUCAUUAUGCUUAAGUUGUCAGACUGAAACCAUUAGUUAUCUUGCAAUUGAGCAUCACGUCAUCACUUACCAGAAAUCAAGCCAAGUUCUUGAAACAGAGGCAAAUAUAUCACCACGAGGAAAAGGACACCGGUUUGCACACUAUAUGAAGUUAUGACCACACAAAAACGCGUAAACCGACCUGAUUAGGAGCUCUGAAUAAACCAUUCUGCCAACUCAAUUGCUCUGACAUUGGGUGAAAACAGCACCGUGAUUGGCAUCCAAGCUCCCCAUCAUUGUUGGUGUGUGCUUCCUGAGGUCAUUGUUUAUGCAUAUACCCAAAGUGCAUUUCACCAUCUCGAUCCCUGCAACGCAAAUCCUUCUGGAUCCCAACAAAGCUGUCGUUUCUUGUGCCCAUGGCUCUUCGGUUCAUCCUUGCCCUUCUCUAAGCAGAUGCUUCCCAAUGAUUGCCAUCGGAAGAGGGAUGGAUUGAUCAUUCAGGCCGUGUCAUUGCCAAUCCAAGUGUCCGUUCAUUUGCAAAGCUCAUGUCAAUGCUCUCCGCUCAUCAUUGGUGGAGACAGUCUGACCUUCAUUGCGCUGAUUAUUGGAUAACGGCGCUUUUCACUAAAGAAAUUGGAUCGUACAUUAUACUAGUUCCUGACCACUUCAUCUGAAACUUAACCUUCAGACUUACGGUCUCUGAAAAAUACCGUCUCUGAACUGCUGUGCCAUUCAGUAAAACUCAGACAACUUUGAAACAGCGUAACCAAUACCGCCACAAGUUACGACUGCGAUUGCGACAGCUUUGAUUCCUGAAACAAAACAGUAUGUGAUCCUAGUGCCAGCAAGCAUUCAUAUUUCACAUCAUCAUUAGAACUAAGCCAAAGUUUAGUGAGGUACUCUGAGAAUCUUCCUUGUGUAAUGGAGAGAUAGAGGUGACAUCCUCUGACCAAGCUCCCCCCUCAUAAUCUCAAGCAUGUGCAGGCAGCCACCUACUCAAUUCCCCUCAAUUAAACUAAACCGAGAAGCAAAAUGAAACAGCCCUUUAAAUCACAAGGGGCACAUGGUGCCGAGGGACUGCUACUACUGCAACAGCUCAUCUUCAGAGACAUAAGAGGCGCAAGAACAAGCCUGGAGAAGGAAGAAGACGACGGCAGCGGCGAUGGGGUGCCGGUCCUGCGAGAAGCCCAAGAUGAACUACCGGAAGGGGCUGUGGUCACCUGAGGAAGACCAGAGGCUCAGGGACUACAUCCUCAAGCAUGGCCUUGGCUGCUGGAGUGCUGUUCCUGCAAAGGCUGGUCUCCAGAGAAACGGCAAGAGCUGCCGCCUGCGUUGGAUCAACUACUUGAGGCCCGGAUUGAAACGUGGAAUGUUCUCUCAGGAGGAGGAAGACGUCGUCAUCAACCUUCAAGCCAAGCUGGGAAACAAGUGGUCGCAGAUUGCGAUGCAUCUGCCCGGGAGGACCGACAACGAGGUGAAGAACUACUGGAACUCGUACCUGAAGAAGAGGGUGAUGCAGGCCCAGGGCGGCUCCAACCCCAAGAGCCCAGCCGAGCUCACCUCCAUGAGCACCACCGAGCCGGCCAUGUCCAUGUCCAUGUCCAUGCACCACCACCACCAGGUCAAGAACAGCAGCGGCAGCACCACGACGUCGCACGACCAAGAUGCCAACAUCAGCAGCAACGGCCUGUCAGGGCCUGCGCCCCUGGCCCAGAAGCCGUUCGAUCACCAGGCGCAGCAGCAGCCCAAGAACUUCGACUUCUCCGACUGGGUGCCGGCGCCGGAGAGCUACUCGGUGUCCGCGCACUGGCCCGCCUCCACGGUGAGCUCCGGCAACGUGACGCCGUCGCACGGCGGCGCCUUCGGGGAUCAGAUGAGCGGCAGCUACGGCGCGCUGCCGCCGCACCCGGACCACCAGGCCGGCGUCGGCAGUCAUGGUGCCGCCGCCACGGGCAUUGCAGGCAGCGGGUACUUUGAUCUGCUCAACAUGGGGGAUAUCUAUGGGGGAUUCAGCUCGACGAACGAUGAUCUGCUCUUCUGAACUGAUGGUUUGGGAGGUGUCAUGUGAACAGUGUUUGUGUUGUGCAUGAGUGUAAGCAAGAAAUGCCGCGGUAUACUUGUUCGAUUUGAUUCUUCUUCUUUUGUCGGAAUUAAUUAAUGUGAUGUAGAGAACACACCCUAGGCUGGACAUAAUUCUUUGGUUUCUUUCUACAAUAAAAAUGCGCAUCAAUCUGUUUGUGUAAGUGUAAAUGUGAGUUAGUCGACGUAUAGUAUGCUUCUGACAGGGCUCUCCUCCAGUGUAAAGAGGCCAUUGUUCAAUUACUUCUCAAAUUUUC